AUUCCCCGGCCCGGCUCUUGCCCAGCAUUGCUACUAGGUCCCUAUAGUACAACUUCAAGCAGCAUCGCAGUAAAGAGCAGAUGCCAGAAAGAGAAGCACGUUUGAGAAAGCAGACUGGUCAGCCUCAGGUAUGUAUAUGCUCCUUGCUUCCUUUCAAAAAGUUUUCAACUCCGCCGUCAUUUCUCAGGGAGUCCCCAUAUUUUAUUGAUUGAACCCACAGACAAACUGGUUAGCCCAAUUUGAUUCCAGGAAUAAGUCCCAACAGAGUCAUGGCGAGCACUGGCCACCAUCACGCAGACCCAGAGCACCAGCACACUCAUGACGAAGCUAAAGCUGCAGCUGAGGAGUCGCUGGAAGGAGUUGUGAAAGAUACUAAGCUUCGCGAAGAGCUUGCUGAGCAGAAAUUGGAACAAGCAGAGCAGCUCGCCCACGAGAUUGCGGAGAAGAAGCAACAGUUGGAUGCUGCAAAGAAGGCUGCCAAGCAGCAGUGAGUUCUGAUCCUCCACGUUGUCUUCAUAUGUACAAUACUGCAAUUCUGUAAUACUCCUAUUCCUAAUAACCUGGUAGUACCUUGGCUUUGGCAGUCAAUAUAGCAAGACAACAAAGAAACGUAAGAUCCGGUGGCUGAUUGACUGCAGCGCAAAAAGACUGCAGUAUAAGUAUCGCAACUCACUAAAAUUAAUCUGUGGUCUUAUGGCGACUUCAUAUUAGGGGGAAGAUUAGGUAGCAGGGAGAAUGUUUGAAGGAUCCAGAUGGAUACCCUCAUUAUGAUGCCCUUGCACAAGACAUGGGGCCGACAGGGCCGGCAGGGCCGCGGCCCCCGGAGAAACAAUGUCAGUGGAUGAUACCCGCCAAAAUGAGGAUGGCACUUACUUCAUGAAUCGAACCCGCAAAAUAAGCUAGCAAUGGUGGCAACACGUUUUUUAGAAAUUGUCAUCCUGUUGGACGACGCAAUCUGGAUCCUGAUGCACAGUGGCUGAAAUCCACUUGAAGAUGAUCCAAACUGCGGUCGGAAUUGCAUCCGAAAAAGUGAAAGACCAUGCCAGUUUUCCACACGAGGUUGAAGUCACCAGGGCCAACGUCUAUUUUAAUGCGUACCUUGGUGUGAACUGAUAAUAAGCCGCGCCCUUCGUAUACAUUAGCCGAG